AUGUACGAUAUAGGUAUGAAGCGUGAACAUGAAGGCGAUGGCGAUGAUCGCCAGGGACACCGCAAUAAGCGUUCCAAAGGCGAUGGGUUCGUUAAAACCUUGUUUAAUUUUUGUCAUUAAUUUUUUCGUGUUUCAGCUUUUCCGAAGCUUUGGCUAACGGAAAAUUUGAACUGCGGCUGUUAGUGAGCAGCAAAACGGCUGGUGGGAUAAUUGGAAAAGGUGGAGAAAACAUCCGUCGCCUUCGCACUACGGUUUGUUGGUUUUAUUUUUUCUUCAUUUUCUUCAAUUGAUUAUAGAAACUUGUAUAUUUGUUUCAACAUUGGUUUUUUCAUUAUGAAGUUACCGACCUCAAUUUUUUUUUAAGACGAUUCUUAUGCGUCCCCAUAAUUGUUCAGCCCAUACUUUUUAUUUUCCAAACGGCUCCAACCCAUAUAAAUUUUGCGAACAAAUAUGAAAAUAUCCACCGAUAUUGUAGACCCUCGAUUUUUUCAGUUCGAUGCACAGAUCCAGGUCCCCGAUUCCAACUCCCCCGAACGGUAAAUGACCCUUUCCUUCAUUCAUUUCUCAAUUCUUGAUCACUUUCAAAGCGAUUGUAGGUUCACCGUUACGCAGUUGAUGUAUUUUUGCGAUUGAUGUAGAAUAAAGAGAUUAUUAUCGGUCCGAAAAAAAAAAAUUAAUUUUCAACGUUUCAGUGUCGUUACGAUUGUCGCAGCGCCGUCAACUGUGAUGAACAUCAUGGAAGAAAUCAUUCCUCGCAUGGAUGAGGUUUUUAUUAUUUUUCUCUCGGAUUGUAGUUUUUACUUUUUAAGCCUUUUUCACCUUGUUUAUUCAGGCUCCAACUGAUAAAGAUCCUUGCGAGCUGAGACUUCUUGUGCACCAAUCUCACGCCGGUGCUCUCAUUGGCCGCAGUGGUGCCAAGAUCAAGGAACUCAGAGAAAAAUGGAACGUUAGGCUGAAGGUAGCGUUGUUUUAAGACAUUUGAAAAUUCUGUGUUUCAGAUUUUCGGCGUUUGCUGCCCAAAUUCAACCGAUCGUGUCUUGGUGACGUCUGGCGAAGUGGCCGAUUGUCUGAAUAUUGUACAGAGUGUGAUUAGCGAGCUCAAAGAGCUGCCCAUCAAGGUGAAGAAGAUGAAAAAAGGGAAUUUCGGACAGUCGGUAGCUGGUGUAACAGAUUUAUGCACUUAAGUGUUUUUCUUUACAUCCCGUUCAUGUUUCUCUUAUUUGAAAACGUGAUGGUAAGAAUGAAUUUUUAUUGACUAAAAUUAAAACCUGGAACUAUUUUAGCUGAAAAUUUAUGGUGUCCAUAAGGGUUUGUGUUUAGGACCCAAAAGCAUAUUGACUUUAUAUAGUUGUUAAGGUUCUAUUCUAACCCUUAUGAUGAUUCUCCUUUAAACAAAUAAAUAAUAAUUUUUGAGUGGACUCUGCGAUCCGUAAUAGUGACGAUUCUCAGGGAAAUUGCAAUCAAUAUUCACCGUUCAACCAUGAUCCAAGCACGGUCGCCGAAUACGGAGGCUUCAGCGGUACAGGCUCGAUCAGUCGUGGCGGCGACAGCGGUGGCAGCAAUCCUAUUCGUUCGAUUUCGACGCGCGGCGGACGUUCUGGCGGUGGUUCUUGGAACGGAAGUGGAGGAAGCUCCAACUCUCGUCCUAUGCGGUCGCCUCCCGGUCGCAACGACUUCCCUCCGCCUCAAUACCAAUUCGCGACCCAGGGCAACUACGCUCCAGCUCCGCAGUACUCUCCGGAACUGCCUCAGAGCGGCUAUGCUGGCUUCGGAGGCUUUACGCCGGCGCCCAUCACUCAGGCGCAGGUUAAUUUGAAAAAUGGAGAAUAUGAAAAAUCAUUCUGGAAGUUUUUGUUUGAAAUUUCCUGCUGCGGCGCAAAUAUAGUGAAUAAGAAAAAGGAACCAUUUCGGUAAUGACUCAUUUUGGUAUAAUGGCGGGAGAAACGAAGUUUGAGCUAUAUGAUAUUUGUUUUUUUGAGUUUUCAUUUCUCAUCAUUUUUUUCAUUUUCUAAUAUUUCUGUUUGAUAUUGCGUAAGAAUUCAAGAAAUUUCUUAGUUUACUAUUUAAAGUUUUUGGUUUAGCUUUCCAAUUGCUCAAACGAAGAUAUCUGAACAAGUUGUUCAUUUAAAUAAAAAAAUAAUGUUUUUUUUAAGACUAUGUGGGCCUUCAGAGAUUUUAGCAAAGAACUUCAAAAUUGCAAUCGAAUAAUACAUUUUUCCAGGUGACGAUCCCAUCUGACUUGGGCGGAACUAUCAUCGGCCGUGGCGGGGAACGAAUCGCGGGAAUCCGCGAAAAGUCGGGCGCACAAAUUACGUUGGAUCCGGCAAAUGGCCACUCCGAACGAAUCAUCACAAUAACUGGCACUCAGUCGCAGAUCCACGCGGCUCAAUAUUUGCUUCAGCAAUGGUUUUCCACUUUUUUAUCAUUAAUCUUUUGAUGUGAUCAUUUUUAGCGUUCGAAAUUCACAAGCUGGUCGCCAACGUUAUGGGCCUCGCUAG